GCAUCCUCCUCCCACGUGACCAGCCUGCCUCUCUUCUCCUCGCUCCUGCUCUCCACUCCUCUCCUGCUCAGUCCGGAUCUCUUUGUUGUGGUUGCAGCAGCUCCUCUCUUUACGCGCCGCGUCGCCUCGGAGCGCAGCGGCGAGCCAGGACGCGGAGGAUCCAGACGCGAGCGGCAGCUGAUCGACCAGGCCUGGAGGGGGAGAGAAGCCUAGUGUCGGUGCGGAGGAAGGUACGCAUGGCGAGGAUGCAGCCGCUGUCUCCCCUGCUCGCCCCCUGGACGAACCACCGGAGCGCCUCCGACGCUUCUUGAAUCCGUCGCGGAGCUCUCCUCUGUCUUCGCCGCCGCCGCCGCGCCUGCUCCGUCCUCUCCGGCCUCUGGAGACCCUCUCUGCAGCGGGACGCAGCGUGAGGCAGCGUGGGGUGUUUUCUGUUGCUUCGCGCAGGAUUACGGCAAAAACCGUUCGCACGCCCUUUUCCCACCUGAACCGAGACCAGAGACCAGGGACCAGAGACCAGAGACCAGAGCCUGGGUUUGUCUGCCGGCGCCUGGAGGUCGCAUCGUCUCCAUCAUGCUGUCAGCCCCUGGGAGGUGUCACCCCGGCGGGGUUGUCCGGUGCCUGGUGUCCGCCUGCCUGCUGUCUGUGCUGCUGUACCUGCCGGAGGCUCAGGCGUCUUAUUACCCACAGAGCGGGGAGUGCAAAGGCAAAGGGAAGGACUGCACAGAUUUGUCAGAGAAGAAGAGCGACCUGAGGGUCUGCGACGACUCCACCUGCCGAUACGGAGGCGUCUGCAGAGACGACGGAGCUCAGCUCAAAUGUGUCUGCCAGUUCCAGUGCCACAAAAACUACAUCCCCGUGUGCGGCUCCAACGGUGACACCUACCAGAACGAGUGCUACAGGCGACAGGCGUCCUGCAAACAGCAGAGGCUGAUCUCCAGGGUGUCGGACGGGCCCUGCUCCAGCGAUCCUGGUUCUGGUUCAGGAGACGGAGACGACGAUGAAGGUUCAGGCUCUGACGUUGGGAAGAAGUUCACCAAGUGCAGCACAUGUAAAUACGGAGCGGAGUGUGACGAAGACUCGGAGGACGUCUGGUGCAUAUGUAACAUCGACUGCAGCGGCCACAAUGAAAACCCGGUGUGCGCCACCGACGGAAACUCCUACAACAACCCCUGCCUGGUCCGAGAGGCGUCGUGCAUGAAGCAGGAGCAGAUCGACGUCAAACACCUGGGCCGGUGUCCCGCUGAUAAAGAAAGAAUGGGCAAGAAAGACGACAGCAGCCCUUACAAGGUCAACGUCCUGGAAACCACUGGUCUGGAUCACGGAGACGGGUUCUACGCUGGGAUGCCGAUUCCUUGUGCCGACAGCGCCGCCGGGUUCUGUGUUCACGGGAAAUGUGAGAUCAAGUACAACAUGGCCACCUGCAGGUGCGACGCUGGCUACAAAGGCGAACAGUGCGACGAGCCUCAAGACUUCAACAUCCUGUACGUGGUUCCCAGCGGCCAGAAGCUGCACUACGUCCUCAUCGCCGCCAUCAUCGGCGCCGUGCAGAUCGCCAUCAUCGUUGCCGUGGUGAUGUGCAUCACAAGGAAAUGCCCGAAAAACAACAGAGGUCGCCGACAGAAACAAAACCUCGGACACUUUGCCUCAGACACUAACUCCAGGAUGGUAUAGCCGCGUCUGCCGCUGGUUCUUUUUUGAUAACUUUCUUUCUUACGGCGUGGGAGGACCAUUUUUUAACAGUAGGUGUGGUAAUAUUUUAUUUUUAUUUUUAUUGUUUUUGCCUCCUUUCGGAUACCAUUAAAAGAAGGAUAUUUAUUUAAGGGGCCUUAUUUCCCUCCUUUGCUUUUUUUUUUUUUCUUGUUUUUUGGAUGGAUUCUUUUUUUAUUUUUUCCAUUUCUUUCUGCGAGACCAAGUACGUGGAGGAGCCGAAAUAACGCGACCCGCUGUCACUUUCCAUGUCUUAAUUAUCUGUAGCUGCUUCGUUGGGGGUUUUGUUGAAUGCUUUAAGGUCCUGGCUGACGUCCCUCUAAGGAAUGUGCUGUUUGUUCAGUAUUUUGUUUUCUACUAAUAAUGUGCAGCUGAUCACCAAAUGCAGUUUGUUAUAUUUUAGUUAUUUUUGUAGGAGGUGAGAGGGGCCAGCCAGUCGCAUAGAAACUUUUAAAACGUAUGAAAUUCGUGUCUUUUUUUUAAUUAUUAUUAUUAUUAUUAUUAUUAUUUUGUGCGUGUUCAAACAAACUAAUAAUUUAUUUUCGAUCAUUCUUUCCUUGGAAGUAGUUUUUAACUGGAGCUUUUUAUUUUUAGCUUUUAUU